GGGCGCCGCCGCCGGAGCCGGAGCAUGGAGGACGAGAGCUCCCUCAAAGCCGCAGCAGGCACUUACCCUGUGGAUAUUUUGGAAGAUGACCCCGAGGGGCAUCAGGAAGCAACAUUGGCUUAUCAUGCUUCACUUGGUGAAGGAGCUCAGACCUCAUCAGAGAUUUUCUCUCUUUCCUCUGGGGAGCAGGUUAAACUUGAAACUUCAUCCACUUGCUUUUGUUCUCUGCACCGUGAUGAACCUCACCAUAAAAUACUGGUUUUGGUUAAUCCCCAAGACACAAAGACAGUUGUAGCUGUUUACCUAAAGGAAUCCUGGUGGUCCACAGAAGAUGUACUAAGAACCUCUGAUCCCACAAGAGAAGGUCUCGUGAAGGUUCAGUCCUUUGGGGAAAGGAUUGUACUUUUCGUUCUAAAUGUCAUUAUUUUUGGAAGACUGGAGAGAAGUUUGGAUGAUGAUGACAUGUUUUUUUUGCCUCAUUCUGUGAAGGAGCGAGCAAAAAUUCUGUGGAGAAAUGGAGCAGCUGUUGGAUUUUACACAACCAAAGUGAAAGGCAGCCUGUGUGGCAAUGGCACUGGUGCAUGUUAUCUGCUGCCUGUCUUCGAUACUGUGUUUGUCAGGAGGAAACAUCGUCGCCAAGGUCUAGGGACAGCCAUGCUGCAGGACUUCUGUGAUACUUUCCCAGAAGAUGAUGCCCUGGGGCUCAGUUGCCCAAUUUCUCCUGCCAUGUACGGAGUCUGUAGGCAGUUCCUGUUGGCCCAUCCAGAGGAGCGAGGCCGCCUGUGGGAGGUGGAGGCCCUGGGGGUCCGGGGUCAGCGUGUCAACAUCUGGCUCAAGGUUCAGCAGCAGGCAAGACUUCCAGAGGGGCCCAGAGUCAGGAUUUUAAUUCACUCAGGAAGGUUUUCUGCCAACCAGCUUCAUCUUGUAACCAUUAUGUCAGCUAGUGCUGACAUCCCAGGUUUUUUCCGAGUUGGGAGGGCAGUUCACCCUGGAGAUUCCAAGGAGGACCUGAGCAAUCUUGGGCAGACUUCUCUGGGUGACAGACCCACAGAGUUUGCUGAUGGAGACGGCCACACCUGUGACCUGAACCUGCAAGAUAGCUCCCUAGAUGACCUGGCUGUGGGCUUCUCCUUGGCAGAGCAGAUUUGUGGAGAAGAACUGGAAAAUAUGAAGAACGAUCAAGAUUGUGCAGAGAAUGAAAAGGAAGUUGGACUACCCACGAGGCCUAGCUGGGCUGAGCUGGAAGGGAAGGAAGUUAAGAGGACAGUGGCGGUCCCUGGGCUGCUCCAGAGCCUGCUUGAUGGCCUGUGCCUGGCCAUGCAGGGACACAGAGCCCAGCCACCAUCUGCCCCAGGCUGGAACACAAUCUUUCCCCCUCUUUGCAAAAAGCUUUUUAGUGACGGCCUCACUGACCCGCACCCAGGCAGGCAGGCUCCAGCCCAAGUAGAUGAAGUUGAGCGGCAGCGAUCUCGAUUCUCAGGCGCCUACAAGUGCAGGGAAUCCCCUUGCAAUGUCUCCUUCGGGACCCUCAACAACACCCAAACCUAA